GCCGCGCUCCCACUCGUGCUUAAACCGCCGCUACCAGCAGAACCGGAACCGGACCCAACGCGACCAUCACCACAACCGGAAGUACCCUCUUUUCUGUGCUCAUCGCCCCUUUAACUCGUGCUCCCCGACCAAUUCACCGAUCCAACCGGUUCCCUCGACGACUGGUCCUCGGCUGAUCUGCUCAGCAAAGGGCGAGCUUUCAACUCCACCAGCACAUCAGUGGUUAACUUCCCACACCUGAUUCAUUUCCAAUCUCUAAGAGUAUAGAAUGGUGCGGCCGAUGCUGAGGCUGAGCGCGCACCUGGUUUGGGUAUGGGUGUGGGUGUGGGUGGCCAUGCUCAUCGGGGCGAGUCUCGUGGAGGAGGCGGAGGCCCAGGCCCAACGGAGCAUCUCCAUGCGGAGCUACUACCGCGGCGGAGGCGGCAAGACGCCCGCCCGCACCAUUCGCGGCUUCAAGCAGGCCGCCCUCUCCACUGCCCGCGGCUUCGGCAAGAGGGACAGCCCUCUCACGCUCCCCCUCGCCGUCCCUAUGGCCAGGGACGACCUCGAAAUGGCCGCUAGCCAACUCCAACUCAACAACAGAGAUAGCUUGCCGCUGGAGUGGAUUCUGGAGGGCAUGCAGAGUAAUCCAGUUCUGGCCAGACUCUUUUUCCAAAGGCUCAUCGAACUCAACCACGACGCCACGGCCGCAGCUGAGCUCAGCUCCAACGAGGCACUAUCGCCGCUGUACAUCGCCGAAAAAUCCAAGGAUGACCCUCCUCAAAGACAGGACCCGGAUGACGUCAUCAUGUAAACAGAACUCCCAUACCGUCCCAGCCUCAACCAAAUUUCAACCCGCGUACCCUCUAACCCUCAACCAUACCUGAUAAUUACAGAAAAGAGCGCAAUCUCACGUGAUACUUUGAAUUUUCAAAAUAACGGACCGCUAGACGAGGUAUGAACUAAGUCGACACGCAACAUGCUUCUUAAAAUUUUUGCGAGAGAGACAAGUCAUAUAAUGGGAAUGUUGAGAACAACUCCGAAACUAGAUAUAAGUGAUUAAAAGUAAAAUUGGUAAAGGGCAAACAUAUGUAUAAUGCCUUUUGUCUUAUGUAGCCUCCAUUUGAUUUGUGUUGAAAAUACCUGUUAAUAUCUCGUGUAGGAGUUGAUUUUCGAUCUAAUUGUUGUGUACAUCGAUUUCUACGUAAGAUUUUAUACAGAAAGUGAGCGGUUUCUUUUUUUCACUAGUUCAGACCUCAUAUAGUGACCCGCUUCGCCGAGUCAAGUUUCGUCAAACCCUAUUUUGAACGUAUUUUGUAGCGCCUAUAACUCUUUUUCCCCAUCUUCCACUAUUUCCCAAUCACCAAUUACCCGAUUCAGAUACUGCUAGUUGCUAUAUUGACAGCAAAACUUUAAAAAUUCAUGUUUCCAUUAUUACAACAUUUAAAAAUAUCGGCUCGCGUUUUUUCUUUUGUUAAAUAGAAAACCAUCCAAAAUAUUAUCUUGGAAUUCUUUGUGAUUAUUUUUGAAUGAGCAAAAAAAAUUCGCGAAACAUUUCAAUGAAAAUUGUCCGUCAGGUUUCUCACACAGAAAAGAAACUACGGCUUAUAAACCAAUUAGUGGUUCAUAUGGAACAUCACUAAUAAUAGUGAAGGCGACAUAUAAUAAUAGUACAUAUACCUUAGUUAUGGUGUAUACACCAUACUAUGGUGCGAGCUACCACAGACCGAUAAUCAUUAGUUCGUAUACAACUAUUAAUGGUGUUCCAUAUGAGCCACUGAUUGGUUUAAAAGCCAUAGCUUUUUCUCAGUGCAUUAUGAAAUAAUAAUAACAAGAACGGAGAUUUGGCUUGUUGCAAUCUUAGAUACGCAUUUUUUUUUCCUUUAGCCUUCAACAUAACUUUAAUUAAGCGGUUAGAGUUUUGGAAAUGUGGAAUGAUUACAUUUGAAGCAUUAGGGAACACAUUUGAAAAUCUCGAUGAGAUCCUGAGAAGAAUCUUUUGCUGGCGUUGGCAAAGUACAUUAUAAAACUCAUCAGGUCUGGGAUGUGUUGGGACUUCGUGGAUUUGUCGUUUGCGAUACCUUUUGGUAUAGGUGGUCGUAUAUAGAGCUUGUAGAUUCUGAUACGACAAUCUGUCCAUGUGUUAGUCAUGCCUCUCAGACCCAGGAAGGUUUUUGGUGUAUUUUUCAUUCGAAAAUUUUGGUCUAUACGAUUUUAAUGAGGAUAAAACAACUUCAUACGGCAGCAUUCGUGCAUCCAUUAAUGGCAGAAAAAUUACAGCUAAAAAAAUGUGACGUCAAUUCCUAAAACACCGACAUAAUAUCUAGAAAUUUUCCCGGGAUUCAUCCUGAUGGUGAUCAGUAAUAUAGCAGUACUUUUAUAAUACAUUAAAAAGAAUAAAUGAAUAGAUGCGAAUGCCGAGGUGUUCGAUUUAAAAUAAAAUUCAUUUAAAUUCAUUUGAAGUAAUUAAGCUGUAAUACCUCAGCACAAAAUCUGUUCGUCUAUCCUUCUACAAACUAAUCUGUGGUGUUGCGCUUGUUCAUAAUUAAAUGUGCGAUUUAUUCUGGCAGUGUUAACGAUUAUGUUGCAAUAAAUGUAAUUUGCUUUUUAAUUGGAUUGAGAGGAGGGGGUGUUUUUUUUCCCACCCAAAAAAAAAAAUUGAACGACGAAAGAAAAAGAUUAUUAUUUUUCUGCGAUGAUUCAAAAAAAAAAAAAAAAAAAAAAAAAAAAAAAAAAACACGAUUCUUCUCAGAAAUUUGUAUUUAAAAAGAUAUUUUCGGACAUGAAAACAUUGGACUAAAUUAUUUAAAGUAUCAUUCUGAACAGAAACUGAAAGUGCCACUUUUGUUGCCGUGUUGUAUGCCGUCUGUCAUUAAAAUUCAUUUUCGUAAUUUCCUGUCACUUCAGUUAAAGGUAGAAUCUAAAUGUUUACCGAUAAAUGUUAAUAAUUACUCUGAUUAUUGAAAAUAAUCGACUAAGCUACAGUGAAUCAAUUUCAGCUGUAUUUUUGGAGCUAACUAUUUCGCUUUCUCGUAGAUAUUUUGAAACAAAAGAAACCGGCUUAAGACAAGUAUUCCUUUUAUUUGCCCUUUAAUUGAAUACUAUCUGAUGCUUGAGAGGAGCUUACGUAUUGAAGACAAGCAUUGUCACAGAAAAUGUAAGAAACCACAAAAACCUGAUCAUAAGUAACCGCUUAUCAGCCCUUCCUAAACGCCAUGUCCCUCGCUAACGGCUCCAAAAGAAGAAGAACAAGAAACAACAUUUGGUUAAAUUAUGUUCUUGGAGUAACGUCUUAGCGUCAAAGUCCAAUAAUAUUAUAAUCUGAUAUGUUUCUUAUUUGACUUGAAUUUCUAAUAUUUUACGUCUGAGACAUUCAUUGUUUUGAUAGGUUUGCAAUGCUUAAGAUAUGUUGUGAUUUAUGUUGUUAUUUUUGUAUAUUUACCCAGGCGGCAACAGAGGGUACCUUAUUACGUUCAACGUGGAAUUAUGCAUUGAUUGUCUUAAAUCUAUAAACUCACUUCUAUAACGUUACCAUUUUUUUCACUAGUUCCCGAGGCAAAGUUUCCCAUAUAUUCUCCUCUUUCAUGUUUUUUUAUUUAUUUAUUUAUUUUUUUUCGUUCUUUCUAUUUCUUAACAUUGGCUACAAAUCCAAUGUUUUAUACUGCAGUCAACCUUCCAUAGAUGACAGGUUUUUAAAGAAAAAUUGUUGUAGUUUAACUUUUCAGGAUGUCAAUUUCUAUAUUCAAGCUCCCGGAAAUCAUCAAUUUAUUAGUCAGCUAAACUUAAUUUGUCGACUAAAUUGCUAUUUUCCUUGUAAGUGACUCAUCUCUGUAUUCAGUAACGUAUAAAUCGUUGGAAUUGUCUUUUAUUGUACCUAACUUUUUACUUAUCUUAUGUUUACUGUUAUUUCAUUUAAUUCAUUAAAACUGAUCUCCAAAGCAUAAAUAUAAGUAUUUAUUUCUA